AUGAGUAAAUUGUUCAAGGACCAUUCAAUGGAAUUUAGUUUUAAUAUUAAAUUAAAUAUUGCUCUCUCUGAAACAAUGGGUUCAUCCAUUUCUUUAGCUAAUCAAAAGUAUAUUCACUAUAUCAUAAAGCACACUUUUAACAAAGACAUUCGUGUGAUAUCAGUAAGAAUAAAAAAUAAAUUACAGUAUGGUUGUUAUACUGAGAUUUUAAAAACAUUAAUUCUUUAUCAUAUUCUAUCACGAGAGGGUUCUUCUAAUUUAUUUGCACAAAUUUCUGAUUUGAAUCCACGUCCAAUAAAGAAAAUUAAAGAUAUCACAGACUUUGAUACAUCAAAAUAUUCUUAUUGGGUUUUUCAUUAUUUAUUACCACUUCAAAAAUCAUUAUCAUUUCAUAGAAAAUAUCCAUUCUUUACUGGAAAAUUUGUUCUUCCAAAUGGGACAAGUCUACCUUCUUCACAACAAAAUAUUUAUUCUAUCUCUGUUAUUCUUGAAGACCUUGUUAAUAUUUUCUAUUCUUAUAAUUCUUUAAUUUUAGAUUUCUUCAGUAAAAAAACAUCAAAUGUGAUAUUGCACCAAAUGGUAUUAUUAUGUAUUCAAGACAUCUUUGCUAUUUAUUCUUUAAUAAUAGAACUUGUCAAUUGCCAUGUGUUUUUGUCUCAUAUUCCCUUUGACCCAUCUUCAUAUCAAAUGACUGGGAUGAAGUCAAAUCUUGAUUUGAUCACUUCCUGUUCUUCUCAAGAUAAUAGAUUAGCUUCUCUCAUACACUUAAACGCUAUUGACCCAAUUCCAAUAAACCCAAUCACAAAUAAAUCAUUUUUUAAGCGCUAUGGUCUUGAGAACAUAAUUUCUAAUGAUCAGCCAAUAGCUGAACCCCCAUUAGAUACAUCAAAUGACGCUCUAGGUUGUUUAGUUUUAGAAUAA